AUGUCUUCACACGCUGGUUAUUCAAGAGAGGAUUUAUGUUUGAUUUGUUUAGAUGAUGCCACUGGAUAUCAUUAUGGUGUGCCAUCUUGUAAUGGGUGGUGAGUUAUUUCAUUUUGAAAACAAUGAUUAUCGUUAAUGUUUUUCUAGUAAAACAUUUUUUCGCCGGACAAUUAUGAAAAAUAAAAAAUAUAUUUGCCAAUUUGAAAAUAAUUGUCCAGUUGAUAAAUCAAUUCGAUGUGCUUGCCGAUUUUGUCGAUUUGAAAAAUGUCUUCAAGUUGGCAUGGAUAAAAAUGCUCUUCAACAAAAUCGCGAUCCCAUCGGAUAUACGAAAAGAACCAAAAGGGCACCACAAUCUAGGAAACGAAAAAUUAGUUCGAAUUCGUUGAGCGAUGAAGAUCAGAGUAUUUUUGCUGAUAGUCCUGAUCGAGCAUCAACAAGUCCAUCCCCAAAUAUGAUGUCUUCUGAAAAUUAUCUGCAUAUUUUAUCGUCUCGAGAAAGAUGUGCAAAUGAUUUGAGAUUAUCAGAAUAUUUACCAACGCGGAGUUUGAAUGAGGCACUUUGUUCAAAGUCACUUCUGAAUGAUCCAAUUUUUAUGAACAAGUUCGGAUUUCCAGUGAGUGUGUUUUUUGUAAAAAAAAAUUUUUUGGAAACAAGUUUUCAAUUUUUUGAAAAGUAAAUUUUCCAUAAUUGUUUUCAAACUGAAUUUUCAUGGAUUUCUAAAUAUAAAUUUUCUCAACUAAUUUUUUUCAGAGUAAGCGACAUAUGAUUCGAGACUUGAGAUUCAUUGAACCUUCUGAUUAUUAUUAUUGGCAUGAAAGAGAUUGGUUUCUACUCACAGAAUACGCAAAAACAUUUGAUCUAUUUGUAAACCUUCCAUACGAAGAUAAAGUUCAACUUGUUCGACACGCAGGAAUUGCUGUGCCAGUUUUAGUUCAAUGUUAUAAUUCACCAGAUAUGGGUUUAGACACUGUUGUUUUCCCAGAUGGAGCAUAUUUUGAUAGAACUCAUGAGCCGAAAAGACCUGCUGGAUUAAACAGAAAGAAAUAUCAGAUGUUAGAUUUGGUAUUGAAACCAAUGAGAGAAAUCGGGAUAGAACAUGUCGAAUUUGCAGCUUUGAAAGCUAUCACAUUUCUGAAUCCUGAUGCUGAAGUUUGUGCUGAAAGUCGAGCAUUGAUAAAUAAGGAAAGAAUUGCAAUAACAAAACAAUUAUAUUCGUAUAUGGUUAGGAAAGAGGGAAUUGAUAAAGCUAUUAAUAGGUGAGCCAAAAUUUUCGAGAAAAAAAGUUUUCUGAAAUUAUAAAUUUGGAAUAAUUUAUCCGGGGAAAAACCAAUUUUGACUGAGAAAAAAAAACUUGAAAACACAAAAAUCUAUCAACUUUUUUUCCAGAUUCACACAUCUGAUGGCAAUGAGCUGGUCGAUGUCUCGAAUUGCUUGCGAAUCAAAAGACGCAGUAUGGUUCGCCGGGUUUUUCCAAUAUAUUGGAUAUUCCGAUUUUGCCAAACAACUUUUCUUUGAUGGAAAGGAGAUUUUGUAA